CUUACACAGACUUGUCUUGAAACAGUUUACCAUAGAAAGGUCUUCCUGCCUCGAUUGUUCAAAGGCGCUCUCCAAGUAUGGACGGAAUCGCCAAGCGAGGGGGACGAAGGAUUUAACCGUUCCAAAGUGGACAUAUAUUUCGAGGCUGGUGGUCUGAUGUCCUACCAAACUUUUGCAACAGGCAGACCGUAUUCGUUUUGGUUCAACGCUAUCUUACCCAGAAGUGAGUCAGUCGCUUUCGAGCGAGUUAGUGGACGGGGUAAUGCCACUGGGUUGGACAUGCAUGCGACGUUGUUGUUGUAGGCGCCGAAGAGAUUUGCAAGAAUCGCUGACUCUGGGCAAUGGUGAGACGCCAGGCUAUUGGACGCCCGCGCGCAGUAUCUCCAACUGCUCGUUUACAACCGCACAAGAAUGUGAGGAGGGAGGGCAGAGAAGCUUUGAGGGCGUCCAAGAGCUGAGACAGAAGCUUGCCCAGGUUGCCAGUGCUCUGCUUCUCGAGGUUGCCAGCCUGAACGUGCAGCAGGGCGUCGCGACGACAGCUCGCGGCGCAUGGCACAAUGUCGGCACCCAUGGCAGGUCGAAAGGCUGGGUCCAAACGGAGCGUCGCUCGAGAGCGGAGACCAGAGUCGUCCUCCGGAUAAACACUGCAGACCAGGUGUCGGAGUUUUGUAUGAUCAAGAUGUCCAGUCCAGUCGUCCGUUUUGAACUAGGUGGAGACAGCGUGGUUUCAAGUCCUUGCGUCGUUGAAGGAGCCUUAGCAGUUCUGCUAGAGUUGGAGUCUUGGCCAAGUUGGUUUCCAAUGUGUCAGAGGGCGGAUGUACUUCAACGCUGGAGCCCUGGAGAGAUGCUGGUGCAGUUGGACUUCAAGCUGCCUGUGAUACACCUCCAUCUCCUGGUAAAUUUGUACAUCGGCGCAAUCGACCGGCUAAGGGAGGAUGGCUGUUUGGAUUUAGUGAUAUGUUCCGCCAACAGCAAAUUCGCAAGAGGAGUGGUAACACAGGAGCCAGGCCACGAUGGCGGGACUCGCUUCUUGGACGUGCGCCUGCCGCCAGUCAUGCUACCGCGUUUCCAAGCUGGGAUCGAUGCAAACGCUGACGUGGCAAUGCUGCGCAUCUCGCCGAUGAGUGGACAGGGCGAUCACCAGCGCGUCCAAUUCUGCCUGGUCGGCGAGGAGCCGUGCCCGAUCGACUGGCUGCCGCGGAAGAUCUGGAGGAUGCUGGCGAGGAACUUGGUGUCGAUGCUCGAGCGGCGCAUGUCAGAAGCUCCGCCCAUCCCGGUCUCCCCCACCGCGGCCCGAUUCUACAGAGCAGUGGAAGAGAGCAUCGCGGCCGGCCGGGCGAGCGGCCGGGCGACGAGCGAGGCGCGGGCAUGAUGUGUUUUUUUCGCGGGAGGCGGCGCAGACUGCGGCACCUGCGGACGUUUCACGGCACGCCGCGCCGGAAGUUGGUGCGUUGGGGGCUUGCCAUCGCUCGGAGGUGUGCAUUUUUCCUUCGGCGAGGACCAUCGAGGAGCAUCCUUUCUCAUUCGGCGAAAACCACGCACGAAAUCGAAAAAAAAAAAACACAGGGAAUGGACGUCCGAGCGAUGGCCAGGGGGCGGGUGCCAGUACGCACUCUUCCCUCGGAGGGCUUCGGUCCGCUUCCUUUUUGUUUUUGUUCGCGUGAUGCCAGGCCGUGGGUACGCUGCUGUGCUUCUUGCUGUGCCCUGCGCCUUCGCCUAAGCACAUGGCAGCGCGCUCGCGCGGGCCCAUGCUGACCCCAGGAUUUGUUUAUUACGCGAGCCCAAUAUACGAUACCAGCGUGCACGUACUACGGCUACGCGUCAGAUCUUGCUUGGAGUUAUGUUCGUGUUUUCUUCCCCUUGACCCGGUUGUGGGCACGUGGGCGACGCGAGGAAGGGGGUCUUUCUGCGCCGUCACUUGCGCGCACGCUGUCCGCGCAAGGUCGCGUUUGAGCGUCACCACUUCCAGCUGGCGUGCCACGCUGGCGGCUCGCGCAAGGGCCCUGGUAGCGCCCUGGGAAUGACGCGCGCCCUGGGGCCGCUGGGGCCUUGCCAGGAUCUUCGGAAUCGCCACGGAGCCUAUUUCCAACGCCUUCCUGCUUCCUGCUUCUGCCUACUUCUUCCGACCGACGGGUACCCUUGCAUCCUGGUGAUGCGGGCCAGCUGCACGCCGCCGCGUGAGGCCUCCCGCCCUCUCGCGCAGUGCCUCGGCGGCUCCGCCGCCGAGCGGCCCCGUGCCGGUGGAGCCCCCCCCGCCCGCAGCGGCGCCGCGGCGCCGCGGCGCUCGGCGUGGCACCGGGCGGGGCCCGCUCCACCGCACGCCGUCUCUCGGGGGAAAACAAACCUGCCUCGCUUUGGACCACCCUCGCUCCCAAGAGAUAAUUGCCAAACAGUGCCACACUGCGGCCUGUGCUGGUCGGGCCGCUGGACGAGGAGGCGCGCGGUGUGGCCUGGUUUUGCCUGGAAGCGGACGCGGGGGAGGUGAUUCACGCACUGCGUCUCACCCCUGCGGCCUCGCCCGGCUGCCGGCGGGCGCUGCAGGCCGUGCGACGUGUUCCGCCGCCGGCCUGCUUCUUACGCGCUAUGCCCCCCCCCGUCUUCCACGCUGUCCUCCUCGUCAUCCGCCGCCUUUCCGUGCUCCGCCGCACUGCGUCUCACCCCUGCGGCCUCGCCCGGCUGCGGGCGGGCGCUGCAGGCCGUGCGACGUGGCGCCGCGGGCCUGCUUCUUACGCACUAUACCCUCCCCCCCCGUCUUCCACGCCGUCAUCCUCGUCAUCCGCCGCCUUUCCGU